ACGCCUUUUCAUUUUAUCAACUGAUCGCCUUCCUUCCUCUUUCACUUUUGGAAUUGAAAGAGAAAAAAUCAACCACAAAAAUGGUUCCUUCUUCAUCACCUAUGCUGCUGGUGAUCGCGGUUAUGGUGAUGCUCGUCACGGCACAGGCGCAGACGCAAACGGCGUCGUGUGCUUCGAAGCUAGUCUCGUGUAUAGACUACCUGAACGCCACUACAACGCCGCCGAGCACGUGUUGUGAUCCGAUCAAAGAGGCGGUGGAAAAAGAUCUACCGUGUUUGUGUAACCUGUAUAAGAAUCCUUCCUUAUUCACUAAACUCAGGAUCAAUAUUACUGAGGCUCUUCGUCUCCCUAGCUUGUGCGGCAUCCCCAAUGACGUCAGCGCCUGUAACGCUGAUUCCCCAAGUGGAUCCAAAUCUCCACUAGGGUCUGCAGGAUCUGAUAAUGGCGUUGCCAAGAUUGCUUCAAGUGGGAUUGUUGGAUUGUUUCUGAUUUCGGUUUGUUUCAUGUUAUUUUAAGAUAUAUAAAAAUGUAGUUGAUUCAUUAUUGUUAUAGUAGACAUACUACAUACCAGUUUAUGGAAGAUUUUACUUGCUAUAUAAAUUAUAAUUCUUCAUUUUCUAUUAAACCACA